GCCGGGCACAGCUCCCACCCACACACACACACACACUGCACACACUUGAUGCCCGCUCCGGUGAUGACAUGCCCCGCAACCACAGCGGAGACGAAGGCGGCACCGGGCUCUGGAUGAGGACAUCGCCGGGGCACCGCACCGACGGCUACGGCUCGAAAGAUGUUGAGUCCGGUAGAAAGAUGAUGAUGAUGAACAACAACGCGGGAGACAGUUUGCUGUCGGCAGGUGCUGCCGGUUCCGAGAGCCAGGGGAAGCAGGGAGCCCGGCUGAGCCUCCUGGGGAAGCCGCUCAUAUACAGCGCGCAGAGCGGCCGGAGAAACGUGCACUACCGGCGGCUCCAAAACUACCUGUACAACGUGCUGGAGAGACCGAGAGCCUGGGCGUUCAUCUACCAUGCCUUUGUGUUCGUCUUGGUCUUCAGCUGCCUGGUCCUCUCUGUGUUCUCAACCAUCCCAGCUCAUCAGGACUUCUCCUCCUAUUGUCUACUCAUUCUGGAGUUUGUGAUGAUUGUGGUGUUUGGGUUGGAGUACAUCGUCCGUAUCUGGUCGGCAGGAUGCUGCUGUCGCUACAGAGGAUGGCAGGGACGACUCCGCUUUGCCAGGAAGCCUUUCUGUGUCAUAGACAUCAUAGUGCUGAUUGCGUCGGUGGCGGUGGUCUCCGCGGGUAGCCAGGGCAACAUCUUUGCCACCUCGGUGCUGCGGAGCCUGCGUUUCCUGCAGAUCCUACGCAUGGUGCGAAUGGACCGAAGAGGAGGCACCUGGAAGCUUCUGGGCUCUGUGGUUUACGCACACAGCAAGGAACUGGUAACCGCCUGGUACAUCGGCUUCUUGGUUCUCAUCUUCUCUUCGUUCCUGGUCUACCUUGUGGAAAACAAGUUCAACAAGGAGUUUGCUACCUACGCUGAUGCUUUGUGGUGGGGCACGAUCACCCUGACAACCAUUGGUUAUGGGGACAAGACACCAAAGACGUGGACAGGACGGAUGUUGUCCGCAGGGUUUGCCCUCCUGGGAAUCUCCUUCUUUGCCUUGCCAGCUGGUAUUCUGGGUUCAGGCUUUGCCCUGAAGGUUCAGGAGCAGCACAGACAGAAGCACUUUGAGAAAAGGAGAAACCCAGCCGCCUACCUCAUCCAGUGUGUUUGGCGUAGUUAUUCGGCUGAUGAGAACUCGGUUUCCAUUGCUACCUGGAAGCCUCACUUGAAGGCGUUGCAUACCUGCAGCCCUACAAAGAAGGAGCAGGGAGAGUCAACCACAAGUCAGAAGUUGAGCUUCAAGGAGCGGGUGAGGAUGGCGAGCCCCCGAGGUCAGAGCAUCAAGAACCGGCAGACGGCUUCAGUGAACGACCGGCGGUCUCCGGUGGCCGAGGCCGGGACGGAGGCCACCAGUCCGGCCAAGGUACAGAAGAGCUGGAGCUUCAACGACCGCACACGCUUCAGACCCUCACUCCGCCUUAAGAGCCAGUCGCGCUCCACCACUGAUGCAGACUCCAACAUGGCAGGGGAGGAUGGCUACGAUGACAAAGGAUGUCACUGCGAGAUCUCGGUGGAGGACUUACUCUCCUCUGUAAAGUGUGUCAUAAGAGCCGUCAGGAUAAUGAAGUUCCAUGUUGCCAAGAAGAAGUUUAAGGAGACCCUGCGUCCGUACGAUGUCAAGGAUGUGAUAGAACAGUACUCUGCUGGCCACUUGGACAUGCUGUGUCGCAUCAAGAGCCUGCAGACCAGGUUGGACAUGAUAGUAGGCCCGCAGGCCCUGAGCAGCCGAGCCAAGACCUUUUCCUCCCCCACCCUGCCUGUCUAUUACAGCCAGGGCAGAAAGAACUCCACCCAGGGAGUGGACCAAAUCCUGGGGAGAGGCCAGAUACCUUUGGAUAAGAAGAUUCGAGAUAAGCUGCUGUCUGAUGGAGAUAUUUUAGAGGACAUGAGCAUGUUGGGUCGAGUCUGUAAGGUGGAGCGGCAGGUCCAGUCGAUCGAGUCAAAGCUCGACUCCCUGCUCGACAUCUAUCGCCAGGUUUUGCGCAAAGGUUCCUCUUCAGCCCUCACACUCUCCUCUCUGCCCCUGUUCGAGUUGGAGCAAACCUCAGACUACCACUCCUCCGUCUUCAGCAAGGAUCUGUCCAGCUCCACCCAGGCCAGCAGCAGCGGAGUGCCCCCCCCUGGCAGCAACUCCCACCUCUCCCAGGGAGGUCUCCAUCUCAUCCUGGCACCUCCCAACGAGCUCAACCUCAAUCUCAAUGCCUCCUCCUCCACCGGCCUCCCACCCUCCCCUUUCAGCCCGUCACCGCUGCCUCAACAUCAUCAUCACCAUCGCCAUCCUCAUCCUCAUCCACUCCAAUGUCAUCAUACCCGGGCUCAGGCCACUCCGCCUGAAAGUGGCACUGAUGAGGCUGUGGGGAGCUCUCGACCCAUCCUCACGCCAAGUAGUAUCAGCAGCAGUGGUGGGGGUGGAGGAGUUGGAGACGGAGGGUUCCCUCUUCUGGCGAGGCUUCCACCACCACCCCCCAGCCGGAGUGGGGGCCCAAGCAACUUACCACCUGCAACCUCCACAGAGGUGUCCCCUGACAUGGAGGACUUUUGUGGAGGUUUAGGAAUGCAGAUGGAGGACAGCAGGUUUGGGCUGGGCAGACUGAGCCAGAAGCUGCAGAGCGGCACCACCAGCAGGCUUAAUGCUAAGGAGGAAGGCUCCUGGAGGAGACAUAUGAGCCUGGAGCUGCAGCCCCUGGUGCCCACAGCCCCGGGCUGCUGCUCUGGCCCCGGCCAGGUGGACUGCAGCUUGGGCAAGUCCAUGUCAGUGCAGGACCUGAUGCAGGCCGCCCCAGGGACGGUCCAGGACGCCCACCACAGCCUCUCAUCCCCGAGCCCCAGUACAAGCAGUGACUCCCCCAUUGGCUUCCGCAGCUCUAGCCAAGACCCCGGGGGAGGUGUUGGUAUAGGAAGGAGUGGUAAAGGAGGAUGGGGUGAGGAUGACCUCUUUAUCAGCGACAGUUACCUGGAGGCGCAGGGAUUUGACUUCCUGCCAGGGGCAGGGUCCCGAGGCCCUAACGGUAGUCCGGCCAGAGCUCACACAUCCUCGCCCUCUUCUGGAGACACCGAUUUGCUGAACAUGCCGCACGUGAGGCUAAAAUAAACUUGCCUUCAUGUUAAGAAGACACACGAAAAUCUCACCUCAC